AAUUCAAAAUGGCGAAAAAAGAGAAUAAUGUAGUUUUAUAUUUGACAUGUUUGGGAUAUUCUAUUCACUGAUCCAUUCGGUGUGUACCAAACCAAAAGAGAUAGAAUACUUCAAACAUAUAUAAUUGGAACACAGUAACACAAAAGGGAUAAUAUGUCUACUGCGUCAAAAGAAAGACAAGCAAGACUCUACAAUAUUGUCAAGAAACUAUUCCCAAAAGUAAUGCAACAAAUAUUUAAAGAAUGUGUUAGUCCAAGAGGUUUGCAAGGGAAAUAUAAACAGAAAUUCAUUACUAUUGAUUUUACAGAGAACGAAAUAUCCUUAAUGGAAACACUUCCAAAUAUAGAUGACUUCACCAUCGAACUAUGCUAUAAAAUAUUGCGGUACGAAAAUGUAUUGCAUGAACCGUCGUGUAAGUGGGGGAAUGUUCCACAUGAUACAGAAGUUGAAAUCGGCGACGAUAUUCAGAGAAUACUUAAUUCAACUAAUGAUGUUAUCAAUAGGAAGUCGGAGGAAAUUUCAGAACUUUAUUACGAAGAAUUUCAAAACAGAACACAACAGGUGCUUAAGAGAGUAGAUGAAUAUCUCUUUCAAGAUACUUGUUUACAGUUGUACCAAACGAUUCACAGCUCUGAUAUUAAUAUAUCUGGUAUGCUUCAAGAACUGACACUGAUGCAAGAAAUCAAUGAUGCAACCAUAUAUAUUUCACCACUAGACAAGAACAGAUGUGCAAAGUGCAGUAUGGUGGUCAUGGAAGUAUUUCCAAUGAUAAUGCAAGGAUUAAUGGCACAAACCGGAACUCCAGCAAAAACCCUCUACACCGAUAUUAUGGGGAAUUAUCCUUUCAGAAGAAAAUAAACAAAAUUGAGCUUGAUAUGGUAGAUACAUUAAUGACCGAUGAAUAUACCAAAAUUGAUGUAAGUCUAUCUUACAAAAUAAUUGUAAAUUUUGUCAAGCUGCUUCCUAUACCGCCACCAUCUAGACAAUGGGGGUCGAACCCGAAUAACAUAGAACUAGAAAUAGGUGAUGACAUUGAACGUAUAAGGCUGGAACGGAAUAGCUUUGUUCAUAGAGUGAAUGCUAACAUAUCGGAACCCAUGUUUGAAAGUUUUUUCGCUACCCUUAUAGCAGUCGGAGGGAGAAUAGAUGCUUACAUGAAUAAACCCAAAAACAAUGGAUAUGCACAUGAGGUCGAGCAAUGCAAGACUUGUGUACUUGAUCCUGCAACUGAGAAGAAACUACUCGAUGCUCGAGCAGAUAUUGAACAAUUGAAAGAAAAGUUCAGAUUUGUUAUUGGAAAUCCAGGAAAAGAAAUUCAUAUUUUUAUAGGAAAGUCAACAGAAGCAGCAAUUGAAAAGAUUAGAGCAGAAGAAGAUCUAAAGGAGGGCUACACACAAAUGAAAAUAAUAAUUCAUGAAGUAGACGAUAGUGAAGACGUAGUCCAUCGUAUAAAUUCGCUAAAAGAAGAUUUCAACCAUGUCAACAGUGAAAACAUCUUUUUCAAAGGAGCCGAGAAAGGCAGUAUCAUCCUUUUUAUUGAUGUUAAAAACAAAGUAGUUCUAAAUGACGGCCUAUUCCAGAGUGAAGUCAGCAACUUCAUCCAAAAACUUUUCAAGUUUUGUAAAUUGACUUGCUAUUUCCGUACACAAACAUAUGCAGUAAUUGCAAGUACUGCAGAAGAGUUCGGAGAACCAAAAAUUAACCUGCCAGAAAAAGUCACAGGAACAUGCUUGAUGGGAAACAAAGGACAUGUGGUUGUUAAUUUUGAAGUAAAAAAUAAGAUAUUCCACUCGACUGACAGCUUACACAGAACCUUAAAAGGAGUUUUCAAUACCAUCCUUAUGAAAGGAAAUGGAAAAAACUUCCUGGGGAAAACAGAUGUAUAUGCAGAACUCGUAAAAUCCGAAAAAGAAGAAGCUAACGCACAAACUCAAACAUCUGAAGGUAAGUUGGAUAGGCGACAGAAAAGACAUAUAACAUACUAAUAGUUGUCAAUUCAAAGAGAAAUUAAGUGUAAGC